AUGAACUCUCGUGAAUUCACCGUCGGGUCCUCGUACCAAGUCGCGGAUGCCAUCGGGGAGGGCGCGUACGGCGUCGUCGUCAGCGCAGUCCAUGUGCCCACCCAGCGCAAGGUCGCGAUAAAGCGCAUCACACCCUUCGACCACUCCAUGUUUUGUCUCCGCACACUGCGCGAGAUCAAGCUCCUCCGCCACUUUCACCACGAGAACAUCAUCGCUAUUCUCGACAUCCUCAGGCCGCCCUCUAUCGAGCAGUUCAAUGAGGUCUAUCUCGUCCAGGAGCUCAUGGAAACAGACCUCCAUCGGGUCAUCCGCACCCAGGAGCUCUCAGACGACCAUUGCCAGUAUUUCAUCUAUCAAACGCUCCGGGCGCUGAAAGCCCUGCACAGCGCGGAUGUGCUCCACCGAGACCUGAAACCCUCUAAUUUGCUCCUCAAUGCCAACUGCGAUCUGAAGCUGUGUGACUUCGGUCUCGCACGGUCUGCCCGGCCACCGCCCAACGUCGCUAACGACAGCAGCACCUUCAUGACGGAAUACGUUGCCACGAGAUGGUACCGUGCCCCGGAGGUCAUGCUGACGUUCAAAGAGUACACCCGUGCCAUCGAUAUGUGGUCUGUAGGAUGUGUGCUCGCGGAGAUGUUGUCGGGGAAACCACUCUUCCCUGGUCGCGACUAUCACGACCAGCUAAGCAUUAUCCUUGACGUUCUCGGCACGCCCUCAAUCGACGAUUUCUACGCCAUCUCGAGCCAGCGAAGUCGAGAAUACAUCCGAGCUCUGCCGUUCCGUAAGAAACGGCCACUGUCGACGUUGUUCCCGAAAGCGAAUCCAGAUGCCAUAGAUCUGAUGGAGAAGCUACUCACGUUCUCUCCAAAACGGCGGAUAGAAGUCGAAGAUGCGCUGGCGCAUCCCUAUCUCUCCCCGUACCACGAUCCUGCCGAUGAGCCCACAGCGGACCCGAUACCGCCGUCUUUCUUCGACUUUGACAAUGGAGAUCAAGUGAGCAAGGAGGACUUGAAGGUCCUCAUCUACGAUGAGAUCACACGCCCGGACAACCCGUCCGCACCCUUCGAGCUGCAGAGCGAGGCUGUAUAAUACCAUAAUCAGAUGUUAUAUACCAUCAGUGCCAAUGGCGGCUUUGUAGGAAAGAAGUAUGUGCAUACUAAUAAUGGGUAUCCGAAAAGCCUUGAUUUGCUCAGUAAGAAUUAUGUUCACUUGUACAUAUGUACUUACAGAGAUAUUUAUAUAGCUACAAGUUGGGCCGUGAUGGAUUAUAGAUAGGAGAACGAGAAAACAACUUUUGGUGUGGUGUAGAUUGUCAUGACAAGUGCUAACACGGCAGUCCGUGCGUUGGUAAGUAACAGAUGAGACAGACACAACAAGCAAGAGGAGAGGCGAGAUGAAAUAUUACUUAUCACUAUCAAUCGUCGAGCACAAACAGAUCGUCGACCUGGUUGGCCGUCGCAACAGGUCUCGCAAGCGGGCUGCUGAUGGACACAUUCCGUCCAGACGGUCCGCCAGCGGCCCCGGCGCCACCCGCCGCCCGGCUCGCAACGGCAGCGGAGUACGAGAACGGCAACGUCUCCUUCUGCGGCGCCAUGUAGCUCAGGAAGCCGGGACUCCCGCUGACGCUGCCGGUGCUCAUGGUCGCCCAGUCCCUGUUUGGCGACGUGCCGAACGCGGCCGCAGCCGGCGAAGGCGAGCCCGCGCUCAGAGGCGGCAGUGCGUGGAUCCGCGAGUAACCCGCCGCAAGACCUUGCGGGAGACUCUGUCCUGGCGCGUGGGCCUGCAGCGCCCGAGCGUUCGGAGACAUGAGCCCGGCAUCCGGCUGCUCGACGCGUGACUGCUGCUGCGUGAGGUCGAAAGGAUUCGGGCGGACAUAAGCAGAGGGGCCGGAUUGGAGGUAAUGCGCGAGUCCUGGCGGGCCCUGCUGCAUCGCUGCAUUCGACGCGAGGCCGGAGUUGCUCUUGUUGCGUGACAUGUAGUGGUGCAUGCCGGGUAAAAACGCCGCACUGGCGUUGCUCGGUGAGAGAGUCGGCAGUCGCAUCAGCGAUGCCGGAUCCUCUGCGUAAGAUCCAGUCAAGCCACCACCACCAGUGGACGAGUACGAUGAGGAGAAUCGGGGCGACGAAGCCAGGCCAGAGGGAACGACGGGGGACCCGCUGGCUUGCUCGGACCAGAUGGAUUUGAGAUCGCCGCCCAAGAAGGACGGGGCUGGCACCGAACGUGAGUAGCGAUGGCCUGCAGCUCCGCUCGGCAGAGGCAGCCCGAGACCUUGACGACCGGGAGACGAGCUCAGCUCGUAUCCCUGCCCCGAAUUGGCACGCGACAUCCGUCGGCUACGCUCCUCGGGUGUCAACAAUUCAGAAAGCGAUGAGGGCACGAAUUCCUCCAUGCUAUCAUCCCCAUCGUCCGCGUUGUUGCUCGUAUUACGUUGAAUAUCACGUGCAGCAGACAGCAGGGACGUCGUCGUCGGGGGUCUCGUCGCAGUCUGCUUUGGCGGAGGCGGUGCACCCCAUGCGCCAGUGAUACCAGUGCCCAGACUGGAGGGCAUCCCCUUUGCUUUGUCUCCUAGGUGGAAGAUCGUCUGGGACCCAGGCGCUGAGAACGGCGACGUCGACAAGAACCCGUUCUUUUGCGGGGGUGUCGCACCCGCAUUCGUCGGUGGCGACCCGAUCGGCCCGAAGUCCUUGGCAGGUGGCGUCGUCGUGCUCGGUCUCCGGGGCGCAGAGACAGGAAUCGACAUCAUGCUCAUGACCUGCUCCUUGAAGUCCAGCACUUUGGCUUCCUCUUCCUCCUUGGGCGUCGUCACGGCCGUGGUCACGGGCGGCGAGUCGGGCGACUUGUUGCGCGCCGGUGCACUGGGCAGCUCGUCGAGCACAUCGCUGAACGAGGCAAAAUCCGUAUCUUUCAACGGAGGCGCCGGCGCCGAUGGUGAUAUCGUCGCCUUCAGCUGUAGGCUCAUGGGGGGCCGGCGAGCCGGGGUACGUGCAUUAAGCCCGCUGUCCCCGCCUGCUCCGCCUCGUUUCGCCCGGUCCCUGUCCCGGUCCCUGCCCCCCUUCUCUCCGCCGUCGCGACGCCCGCCACCCGCAGCAGCAGCCUGGACCUGGGCAGCCUUCUUGUUCCGCCGAUCCAUGCUCAUGCUCUGUCCAGGCAAGAUGUGCGCCAACGCACACUUGUGUCCGAACUUGCAGUUCCCCUUGACGAACCACGCACAGGUGUCCUUUGUUGCACCGGGCUCAAUGGCGGUGUGCGAGAAGGGGCAUGCAGAUCCAGCUGUACAGGAUCCGACUUUGAAGAAUUUGCAGGGGACAUGCGAAAGGUCUUUGGACGACGCUGCGGAGGUAGUUAGCAUGGUGCCUGCCAGUGUGUGCGUGGACAGAUGGGGGGAGUGCAGCGCAGAUGAUUGGGUGCGCAGGGGUAAAUUCGACAAGAAAACGAACGUACACUUCGAUCCCGCACCACCACCACCUCCACCGCCAGACUUCUUCCCGCCGCCGCCGCCGCGCGUAUCGCCCUCCCUCUCUCUGUCCUGGUCUCGAUCGCGCUCUCGCUCUCGUUCUUCGUCGAGCAUCCUUUUCGGUCAGUCAGUCCAAGAGGGCGUGAAAAGCAGCAGAUAGGGGCGGCCGACAGAAUCGAGGACGGACGCAGACAGACGCAGAAGAGAGCAAGUGAAAAACGGCGCACGCGGAUGAUGAUCGAUGACUAAGCGCGAUCGUUUUUUUGGGUUUCUCGGUCAUCUUACCGCCGAUGUCUGUCUUUUCAAAUUCGGGGCUACACGAACCCGAGCAGCGC